UGUGUGUGAUCGCUGGGUGGAGCAGCAGUGUACGGCAGGUCUCGUCUCUCAUUGCGGCGGCUGGAGAUUAUCGAGCGGCGGCGGAAUGUCGCUCCGCUGUCCGUGUGCGUGAAGAGCAGGUGGAGGAAGAAGAGGAGAAGGAGGAGGAGGAAGAUGAUGAUGGAGGAAUCCGACAGCAUCCCCUGCUCCGCGGAGGACGGACUCCUGUCGAGCUGGAGAUGGAACAGAACCGCCAGGGAUCAGGUCCAGAUCAAGCAGAAGAUCCGAGAUCUGCCCGGAUUGUUAAAGCACGGACUGAACCUGCGCAAAAAGAGCCAGUCACCUGACACCAUCCCAGGACCCAGCACAGGUGUCACACCCAAACCCAAGACGUGUUCUCAGAGUUUUCCCUGUGCUGGACGUGCGCUGAGAAACGCCUUUCUGUCUCAUGGACCGUAUCCAGCAAAAGACAAGAUCCACCUCGCCAGGAUCAUCAGGAGGAGUUAUGUGGGUGUGGAGCUGGUCCAGUGGCUGCUGGAGCAGUGUGUGUCGGUUCAGUGCAGGUUAAUGGCGUCUCGUGUCUGGCAGGUUCUGCUGGAGCUGGGGAUACUGCACUCAGUCGACCAGCGGCUGGUGUUUGAAGACUCCAACACAUAUUAUCAGUUCUCGUUCGAGGAGUGCGAUGCUCAAGGCUGUGAAUUUCGCAGUGAGGAAGAAUGGCAGAAUGGCGUCCGUCUUCUGCUGCAGCUCGUCCCUUACGUCCAGUUCAGGGUCGUCAGCCCACCUGAGGAAGACCCGGACAGAAAGCGUGAUAUGUGCAGUGAGAUCCUGCAGAUGAAGGCUCUGGAGAGACUCACGUCCACAGUGCAGAAUGAACUCGCCGCUGCUCUUGCCAGGAAAGCCAGGAAGUCAAUGUCAGAAGACGAAAGCUCGGAGGCGUCAGACGCUUCUCCUCAAGAACCGCCGAAACCCACUGAAGACAAAAGCAAGCAGGCGGGCGUCUGUGCUCUCCGGGCUCCAGAGGACUUCUCACGGCUGGAGGUGGUCCAGCGUCUGGCCAAAGACGGCUAUCGCUUCCUCCAGAACCAGAACUACCGGCUCCCGGACCGCUCCGCUCAGGCGCAGGGCGAGGGAGUCGUACGAGUCUGUCUGAAGGAGCGGGGUCAAGACGUGCUGGUUCUCCAGAGAGUCCCAUCAGAUCCAGCGUCUCCACAAACGGCUGGAGUCAAAGACGAGGACAGCGAUAAGAGGUAUGUGGUGGUGUCCGGGACGCCCCAGAAGAUCCUGGAGCACCUGCUGAGCGACCUGCGUCUGGACGAGCUGCAGGGGGCGACGGAGAGCAAAGAGACGGAAAUGCUCCUGGAUGACUUCCUGCUGACGUAUCUGGUGUUCAUGUCCACCAGUGAGCUCUGCCAGGCUCUGCUGGGACAAUAUCCUUCAGAUCGCUCCAAACCUCUUACAGAGACACACUUGCAGAUGUGUUGUCGCUGUCGGGGGAAGGAGGAGGGGAAGGAGGCUCUCUACAGGAAGAGGAAGGUACUGCACCUGGUGUCUCAGUGGAGCACGCUGUACAAGGACUUCCUGCGAGAGGAGGAGAACGUCAAGCCCUUCAUGAAGACGUUGUAUCGAUAUGUGCUGGAAGACAUGUAUGAGUUCCCCUCGCUGGAGAAGGACCUGAAGGAGUUCCAGAAACUACUGCGACGGAGACAUACGAUGGACGACUAUUCUCCACACCAAAAGAGUAAAGCGCUGUACCAGCAGCUGAGUCUGAAGGAGAACUGCGUUCCUCUCCGAGCGUCUCCAGUCGAGAGCAAAGACGUGAUGUGCCGUGUGUAUGUGAGCUGUGAUUCGUAUCUGAGCGUGCGGGUGAAGCCUACAGUCGUGGCUCAGGAGCUGCUGCACAUCGUCUCUCAGCGGAUGGAGCGAUCCGAGGACGACAUGGUGCUGCUGGCACAGACCUACAGCGGAGAGAAGCGUGUUCUUCAGCCUCAUGACAGUAUUUACUCCGAGUCUCUGACGGCUCCCAGCAGACUGAUCGCCUGUCGCAGAGACCUCAGCGAGAUCCUGCCGCCGCUCACCGAGUGUCCAGAUCUGGGACAGAAGCCCGUCAGACUGCUGGGCAUCAACACGUGGGACGUCGCUGUGGCUCUGACAAACUUCGACUGGAAUCUCUUCAACUCCAUCCACGAGCAAGAGCUGAUCUUCUACACGUUCAGCGGUCAGGCGAGCAGUGUCCACACGGUGGCGCUCGAGCAGCUGCUGCAGCGCUGUAAUGAGGUUCAGCAGUGGGUGAUGUCUGAAGUGCUGCUCUGUCCAUCACUCAGUAAACGAGUGCAGCUCCUCAAGAAGUUCAUCAAGAUCGCUGCACACUGUAAAGCGCAGAGGAACCUCAACUCCUCGUUUGCCAUCAUCAUGGGGUUAAACACGGCCGCGGUCAGCCGUCUGAACCAGACCUGGGAGAAAGUUCCUGGAAAGUUCAAGAAGCUCUUCUCUGAGCUGGAGCUGCUGACUGAUCCAUCCAUGAAUCACAAAGCCUACAGAGACGCUUUCAAGAAGAUGAAGCCGCCCAAAAUCCCCUUCAUGCCUCUGCUGCUCAAAGAUAUCACCUUCAUCCACGAGGGGAACAAAACAUUUCACGAUAAUCUGGUGAACUUUGAGAAGCUGCACAUGAUCGCUGAUACGGUCCGACUCAUUCGUCACUGCCAGACGGAUCAGACAGGGAACGAGCUCUCUCCGUCGGACAGUCCGGAGGUGCGCUCCAGCAUCCAUCACCUGCACAUCAUCGACAAUCAGCAGACGCUGUUCGAGCUCUCGCACAGACUGGAGCCCAGAGUCUGAGACACACAGACUGCUGGACAGAUUCAGACUGAAUCAGUGACUCUCCCAGAGCCCAGCGAAUCAGUCCCCACACCACCACAAAACACCUUUCUUAAUGUAAAAAAUCACUGGUGGUCCAUGAAAGCUUUUUCCUGUCCGGGGGAGAAAGUGUGAACUUUUUCAGCAUUGUUUUGUUGAAAUGCAGUUGUCAAUGUUAUUUAACUUCUACCAGCAACUCUGGAUCAUAUUUAUAUAUAAUUUAUAUAUAAAUAUAUAAUUUAAUACUUCAGAUUGUUAGGGCUGGGCGAUAUGAUCAUAAAAUAAUAUAUUAAAAAUAAUAUAAAAUUUUUAAAAAAGCUAUUAAAUUUUAUUAUGUAAUUUUUCAGCCUUUCGUUUAGUGUAUAUUAAUAUUUAUAUAUUUGGAGUUAAAUGCUGAUUUAUUUUAGUCAAUUUCAACCAAUUUGAUUAAAAAUUUAUAAUACAAGAUUAUAAAUACAGUAAAAAUCAUCUAAAGACAAGAACUGAUAAAAACAGCUAUAUUAACACACAAAAAAAAUAAUUGAAUCAUUUGAAUUGAUUCAUUGAACUGAUUCAUGAAAUCAAAUAAAACUUGCUUUUUUAGGUCUGAAGUUCAGAAACUUGUUUGCUAAAUAAUAGAAUCACACUGUUGUUUCAGUUUAUGAAUACUAUGAUAUUUUGUAAACACAAACUCAAGUAUAACACGCGAAUGAAUCAUUGAAUCGUUUGAAUCGAUUCAUAAAAUCAGAUGGUUUGAACAACCACAGUUCAAAUCAGUGGCCAGAAUAAAAUCAUCACAACAUUGCUUCAGUCUUUAAAUAUACAAUAUUUUGUAAACUCAAGAGCAAGUAUAACACACACAAACAAACAA